UUUAUACAACAACAAGAUUCGUCCGUUAAAAACCUAAACGUCUCAUGUGCAUAUAAAAAUACUAAUUACCAAUCUAAACGAAUUCAACUCGUACAAUGCAAUAGGUUAAUUUUAAACGAUUAAAAGAAUUAAACAGAAAAAUUAGCUGAAGGCAAAUCCUUACACUAUGAGACUUAUGGUAGCGCGCAGGCGCCAAAAAUGCAUCGCUGUUGUCACCUGCUAUAGACACGACCUACAGUUGUGGUCCUGCAAAACUGUAUCCACCCUGACAGGGAGCAGGAUAGCAGCAAUUGUACACUGCAGGUACCUAUAGGCUGCGUCUCUGCACACUCUCACUUCAUUGUGUUUGUGUGUACACACCCCGCUGCACAGAUUCUUAUCUUGCUGUAAAAUAUGGGGCAACAAGAUUCCACACGUUGGAAGCCAUGCGGCUGUCUGCUGUGUCAUCCUGACACAACUAUAAAAGUCGGUGCUGAUCUGAUGCUGGAGGAGUGGGCUGUGGUGGACCAAGCCUCUAAUGGCUGUUAGCACCAUGGACUCUGAGUCAGCCCGGACGCCUCAGCCCCAGGCUGCUCUGACUAAAGGCAGCCGCUCCCUUCGGCCUGUUGGAGCUUCGACUGCCUGGCUAAGCCCCCAAGGGAAGCACUAUGUCUGUGGCUCAGUUGCAGCUUUUACUAACAUCGUGGUGACUUUUCCCAUCCAGAAGGUGCUGUUUCGACAGCAGUUACACGGUGUGUUGGCCACUGAGGCUGUGCGGCAGCUCCAGAGUGAUGGGCUUAGGAAUCUUUACCGGGGUCUGCUGCCUCCACUACUCCAGAAGACCACUACAGUGGCUAUUAUGUUUGGUCUAUAUGAGGACUUCUCUAGAGUCUUACUUGACCAGGUUGGUAACAAUGGUGUGCCUGAGCUGGUGACUCGCAGUUUUGCUGCAGCAAUGGCAGGAACUGCAGAGGCCUUCCUCACACCCUUUGAACGCGUACAAACUCUACUACAAGACCAUCGCCACCAUGGGCGCUUCAACAACACAGCCCACACCUUCCGAACUCUUGUGACUGAAUAUGGUGUCAAGGAGUGCUACCGUGGACUUAUGCCCAUACUUCUCCGUAAUGGCCCUAGCAAUGUGCUCUUCUUUGGGCUCAGAGGGCCUAUUAAGGAGCAGCUACCAGAAGCCUCUAGCCGAGGAGGUCAUUUGGUUAAUGAUUUUGUCUGUGGAGGGUUGUUGGGUGCAGGUCUUGGCAUUAUGUUCUACCCAUUAAAUGUGGUAAAAUCCCGGGCCCAGUCUCAGGUUGGGGGAGCCUUUCGGCCUUGCAGUGAAGUGCUGCUCACAGUGUGGAGGGAGAGGGGUGGACGCUUGACCAUGCUCUUCAGAGGAGCCCACCUGAACUACCAUCGCUCACUGCUGUCCUGGGGAAUCAUUAAUGCCACCUAUGAGCUGCUCCUGAAGCUCAUUUGAGAGAAUGGAGUGAAUAGAAAUACAAAACAUGAAUCUACAAAGUAUUUAAAUGGUAAUGCUUGUAUGGAGUAAUAGAGCCAGUUUGUUCAGAGAGAAAGGUCUUCUGCAAGAAAGAAAUUGGAAAGUUGCACUUCUGAUGGGGGGCCAAAAGUCUGUGUGAGAUACCCACCUGCCAUUGUGAUUAUUUACUGAUUAUUAAAAACAGUACACAUGCCUGAGCCUAUACAACACUUGUGCCGGGGUCCAAUUCAGCUGCCCUUGUUUGCUUUAACUACAACAUAUUGUGGAGCAAAAUAAUAUUUUUUUCCCACAAUAUCAGGUUACUUAACUAAAUAAACUGUCUUGUAAGACAAUUGUUUCAUUCUAUGUGCUAUGGCGUCCUAUAGACAACCUGUUUGACCAAGAUCACUUUAAACUUGAAGCAAGAAUCUGCCACAAUUUGAAUUCAGAAAUGCCCAUUAAUCAUCUUCAAGGUGAACGUGAUGUGGCCGUUUGAUUGUACUUAAUGCUAAGGACGGGUACAUGUACUGUGUGAUUGGACAUGUUCUUAGAAAUACUGUCUGGCAGACAAAGGCUGGUUGUUUUAAUCCAGGUACGCUUUCACAAAAAAAAUUUACACGAAAUGAUUUGUCAAACUCAUGGUUUAUUUUCUAAAAGGUUACUGAUAGGGAAGAUAUUGUCUGACGAUUGAGAUCUGCCAAUUUGUUUGUUUUUUGCACCUCCAGAAAAGCCAUGUGAUAUAAGACCAAUGAAAAUACUAAUUUGAA